AAACGAAUAACAUUGAUCACAAAACUUCAUUAUCCUCUUCAUUAUAACAUCGUACAACUACUAUAUUCUUUUUGAAUAAUAAAAACCGUGUUUGACUGGGACACGUGGAAAACUACUGGUUGCUAGUCAACCAACAGACACUUUAGCAUUCGUAUGUGUUUUAUCGUGAAAAUUUUCAUAACAAGUUCUCAUUAUUACAGCGAAAUGUAAAUUAUAAACCGUUGAAAAGAUUUCUCGUUAAAAGAUCACUUGCACAAGAAUUUGGUUGCAAAGAUUUUUAUUAAAAUGACGUAACGCAGAGGACAUAAAAAUGAUACAAAUGAAUGCAACAAUAUUAAAGUCUUGGCUACUACGAGGAGAAUUUGAGAAAUUGGAACAUGUUGUCCUAGAAGGACGUGGAGCACGAUUGUUGGGUGAAGUUUCCCCAGAUCUUAGAACUAGAGUCUUCCUAAAAGGACUCCCAAAUUAUUUGACAAAAAUCUCUCACAUGCACGAUGCAGUUUCACGUGGAUCUUUGAUAGAAGCGCAAAAACUUAUAUUCGAAGAGCCUAAAAAGAAAUUGGCCAUUGCGAAAGAUCCAGCUGGUACUCCUUUGCUGCACAAAGCAGUAUAUCACGAUCAUCAAGAUAUCGUUGAGUGGCUUGUGCAAAAUUAUCCUAUUACCAUUCAACAGAAAGACAGAGAAGGGAGAACAGCAUUGCAUUACUGUGCCGGUUGCAAGGAUCCUGAAGCAAUUUGGGAUGUUCUCAUAGAAAACGAUUGUGACGCGAGUAUCAUCGACAAAAGGGGUAAUCCUGCGGCUUAUUAUUUGGAGCAUAGCUCGGAAAUUGAGCUACCGGAAGUGGAGAACAUGUCGCGCCGGAAGACCAACUCUGGCAAAGAAUGCUUAGACUUCAAACCUUCGAACAUAAGAAUAUGGAUUCACAAUCGAGACAUAGGAAAACUGCAGCAGGUUUUGUGGGAGGGUCAUGGGAACAAAUUACGUAUGGAGACCAGCAACAACACUCGAGUGAAGAGAUUUUUAGAAGCUGUACCGUUCAUUAUGGGGACCGUGAAAGAUAUUCACACAUUCGUAAUAAAUAACGAUUUAGAGGAGCUCGAAAAUAAAAUAGAGGCCACGUCCCCAAUCGUUCUUUACGGCAAAGAUGGCAACGGUUUGAACGUCUUGCAUAAGGCUUGUGGCUUGGGGUACACGGAAAUCGCAAGAAAUAUCCUCGCGAAAUGCCCUUCCGUUGUGGAAGCGCAGGAGAAUGAUGGAAAGACUCCAUUGCAUUACGCGGCUGCAGCCAAGGAUGAUGGAACUUUGUAUAAUUUGUUAGUCGAAUACGGAGCUGAUGAAAGUAAACUAGAUAACAGAUUAAAGGCGCCAGCAUUUUACAAAAAUCGACCAUCGGACAUAGACCAAUCACUGUUAAACGUGAUACCGGAAGCGCCUCGAGUUGCAGGGACGUCGUAUCCUAAACAUUGGGACUGGAGGAUUUUGGACGCGGAGGAAUUUAUACUUAGAGGAAUGAAGAAGGUUAACAGCGCGGAUAUCGAUAGUGCAUUUGGCAGCGCGGAAUCAGCACCGAAAAAUCUCAGCAGAUCCAUGGAACAGAUAAAAAACGUCGAGGAAGAUCAAAAAGACGAAGAAGAAAACGCGGAGGAUGCAAAGAACGAGGAAAACGCGGAAUCUGCUGAAAAUACGGAGGAUACCAAAAACGAAGAAAAUGAUGCGGAAGAUGCGGAAAACGGGGAAGAUGUGGAAAACGCAGAGAAGAUGGAAGAAACGGAAGAGGCAGAGGUGGCGGAGAAUCCAGAGCCGGAAACCGCGGAAGAGGAUAACGAGGAACAGGAAGCAAAGGUCGAAGAAACGGAAGAGAAGUCGUCGGAUGACGACGUGGUGACAGGUGCAGAGAUGCAAGAAAUGGAGGAGAAUCCAAAGAAUCCGGAGAACGAGGAUGAGGAGGAGAGAGCGGAGGAACCGGAAGGUGAGGAUAAAGCCGAAGAGGAUAAAGCGGAAGAGGAUAAAGAGGAAGCAGAGGAAUCGCAGAAAGAGGAAGAGGGGGACGAACAGGAGGAGGAGAAUAAGACGGAGCAAGAAGAAAGAAAAGAGCCCAGUACUGGUGAUUCUGGUGUCGAUGAUCCCGGAAACGAGGAAGACCAGGUGAUCGUCGGCGAACACGAGGAGCUUCCGGAAGCAGACUUGAACGAGGGCACGAUGACGGCCGAUCCGGAAAUCGAGAAGCUGCUGGAGACCGGCAACAUGGAGCAAUUAGCCGCGCUGGUGCUCAAUGGCGAAGGUAGAAGAUUGGUUGGUAGGCAUUCAGGGAAUACCGAGCUGCAGACGUUCAUCGAUCGUGUCCCUUCGUACAUGGGGAAAAUUCAUGCUGUGCAUAUGGCAGCGCGAGAAGGGAACUUGAGAGAUCUACAAAGCGCUUUAGAUCGUCGCAAAUUUGCAGUUGCGAGAGAUGAAUCAUCGCCACGUGGGGCAACGCCUCUUCAUGUUGCAGUGAUAUUUGGAAACACUACUAUUAUUAGAUAUCUAGCAGGCAGGUUUCCAGAAACUGCUCAUGCAAUCGAUCUCGAUGGCCGAACACCUUUGCACUAUGCAGCUACUCUAGCGGACAACGGCCAUUAUUAUAACCUUCUACUUCACUUGGGUGCCAAUCCUUUAGUUCAAGACAACUUCGGACAAAAAGCGGAUUAUUACAAACAAGACCAGUCCGAAUUCUCUCACAAAUCACUCCUCCGCGAUUUCGGAGCUAAUGAGAAGUUGGCCGACGAGAUAUUGACGGAUAAAGGUAUUUCAUUCGAACGAGACACUUACGAGCACCAUCGAUCACUCCUAAUGAAUCUGUACUACGAUAGUUCUAAAAUUUUCCAAGAUCCUCUAAAAUCAACUAAAUCAAAUUAAUUGACAUAAAACCAUUGCUGUUAACGAUCCAUCCUGUUAAAAAAUUUCCUCAUUGAUUUAUCUCCGCGGCUGUUUCCAUCCGGACGCCCUCGCUCUCAAUGGCCGAAAAACGAAGUUUCUGGAGGCGACGUCUAUUCCUCGCGGCGAGACUUAAACGAACCGGAGACCCUAGCUACCCUGGAGAGAUGUUUCCGUCUUCUGAUCGGCGCGAGACACGGUACGACACCAAAAUCGGCUGGGAACUCCGGUACAUUGAUCGGUCGUUGCCUGAAACGGCCUACAUUCGAUCGUAUCAAGCACCGUGUGACACGCAUGGACCACAAUCUCUUUGAUGUGAUCUGGCCUGCUUUUAAGAAAUACGAUAACUCGAAUUACAACAGCAACGCGAGCAGCGCUUAUUCCGUGAUCAGCAACACCACGGACGAGGACGAGUCGUUGUCCGUGGUCGCGCCGGAUUACGAGAGUUACAUCGUGUUCGCCGAGUUCUUCGACCCUUUAAUCAGAGACGUGCAUUGCGUGACAGCCAGCGGUGAUCUGCCCGACCACCCUCUGCCGAGAUUCUUCUACGAGGACGAAGAGGGCGAGGAGAGUCACGAUACACUGGACGAAGUGACCGUGUCCUCGAUCAAUGCGUACGAUCUCGAUCCUCCGGCCAAAUACGUUCAAGCCGGUGUGAUAGAGUGUUGUAGAAAUCUGGAGAAUUAUACUCUUCCGUUGACGCUGACGGUGAACCAGCUCGAGGAGGUGGAACAAGAGAUCACCAACCGACUGAUGAGCCAAGAGAUCUCGACGAUGAUAGCCGAGGGUAGCAGCGAGGACGAGGCCGGAUCUUACUUCACCCUCAAUGAGAUCCUCGAUCAGCCGAGUCCUAUUAGAGCCCAGCUGGCUGCAGCUGGUCUACUUUUGCCGAUCACCGACUUCGAGCUCCACGACGAUAAACGUCUUCACGGGAAGCAUUGGCCUUACGGUCGAGGUGUGUACGUGGCUUCUGCCGGCGACCUGGCUAUUUGGGUUAAUGUUCAGGAUCAUCUGAGGAUCGUUUCUCGGACAAGUGACACAAGGCCUGGCUUGAUCGGCCAUGCCUACGCGAGAAUGGCGAAAUUGAUGAUGGUGUUCGAUUCGAAAUUGAAAUUCAAGAGGGACAAGAAGCUGGGCUUCCUAAGUGCACGUCCCUACGCGAUUGGCAAUACUCUUAGAUUUAACGUGAUAAUCAAAUUCCCCGAAUUGUCGAAGGAAUUUGAUCAUUUGAAGCAUCUGUGCGUCGUUCGAGGGCUAAGUAUACGGGAGACGGCGAAAAGGGACACGGUACGAAUCGGUAAUCAACAGUCGUUGAGCAUCACCGAAUUGCAGACCCUUCAAGAUUUCUCGAGGGCCGUGCUCAAUGUUCUAGCGUUGGAGAAGGAAUUGUCGAUAAACAAUUCGUUGAAAAUUGCCACCUUGAUCGCUUCAGACGACAAAGUGGACAUAUCGAUAUUUAGAGAAGAAGAGGGUCGCUACUUAGCAUCGUCACUCGGUGAUCCAUUGAUCAGAGGUCUGACAGAAGUUGCCAAUAAUCGUCCAAAAGAUCCAGUUACUUAUCUGGCUACUUAUUUGUACAAUUUUGCCAAUAAAAGCGAUAGCAGCCCGCAGGAACAGGAACCUAAUGUAUUGAUCAUUCCUGAUCGUCCCGAAGAAAACAUAGAGAAUAUCGAAAAUGAGAAUGGAGAUGAGGAUGCUGGUUAUCCGCAAAGUCCGAGUUCCGAUGUACCAGAAUCAGCUUUUAGCAAUCCUAAUAGAGAUGAGCAUGGACAAAGCGUUAUUCAUUUCGCUGCCAUUAGAUCUUAUCCAAAGGACGGCUUGUUCCACCUACUUCAAGAAAGUCAAGUUAACGUUGGUUUCAGAGACGAAUUGUACAGGACGGCUAGAGAUGUAGCUGAAUUGGCAAAUAUUAGAGAAAAUAUCGACGAAAUUGAUCGUUACGUGGCUUAUUUAGCAGCAAGAGGUGAAACAGAAAAAUUAGUAGAAUUAUUAUUAGAAGGAUACGAUCAUAUUUUGGAUGUAGAAGAUGAAGGUGUGAAUAUUGUAAACAUUGCUGAGGAACGAGGACGAGAAGCAACCGUACAAUUUUUACAAUCUAUUCCAAAUUAUGUGACACAACGUGAAGAAGUACAUCAUGAGAUCAGAACAGGCAAUGUAUCAAAAGUGAAGGAAUUAUUAAAUAAAAAUAACGGUGGAGGAAAACUAUUGGCGAUGGGAAAGAAUUCAAUGAGUAGAUGCGCCCUUCACAUUGCAGUACUUCGUGAAAAUAUAGAACUGGUCCAAUACAUUGCGAGAACGUAUCCAGAAACUUUACGUAUCGGUGACAAUUUGGAAAGAACAGCUUUACAUUAUGCAAUGGGUUUACUAACUGUUGAAGAAUUAAGUAAUAUUCUUAUCAAAGCGGGUGCAAAACGUAUAGUGAAGGAUUUAAAAUCACGGCAACCUUCCUAUUAUUUCAUGAACAAAUCAGAUAUAGAGAGACUUCAAGAAGAAGAAGAAAGUAUGAUCAAAAUAGAUCCAUUGGACGAUGCUAAUACCGUGUAAUUGUUCAUUUACACCUUUAAAUAUUUAUGUGUAUGAAAUAUGACAUACAUUGAGAAAGAAUAAAGUGUACAUUCAGCAGGAGAUAAAAUAAUUACAUGUGCCACUUUCUACGUCCUCUUGUGUACUGGAAUUAUCCUAUUUGAUCAAUCUUUGAUAUCCUUUUUCUCAAGGUAUGUCUAAUGUAACGAAUGAAUAGAAGCACUCUUCUGAUCCCGUGUAAAAAUUAUGAUUAUAUAAUGAAUCUAGGUCAUGUAAUAUACAUUACAGUAUUAAUAAUACAAAUAAUAAAAAUAUUCAGUUUUUCCGUA